AUGGGCGCUAUAUCGGCAUUGUCUACCAGAACAGAUAGACCCCCAGCCGAAGUAUACUUCGGCGGAGUGAUGUUCGGUUACUCGGCCUCCCAUAUCCGCAUCUGGGCUCCAAACCAGGCAACGUCAAACAACACAGUGACAUUGUUCUAUGUGACGAACGGAUGGGGACUUGCUGGUGUUACGAAUAUCGUAGAGACCUCCGGUAGGAUUCGAGUGAUGGCCUGGAAGUUUGAUGGUGGAAUACUUGGUGAAGUAGUGAAUCAGAAGAGUGUUACGUUGGCAGCGAAUAACGAAUAUACUGUUACCAUUGGCGAUGUCGACCCUCCUGUUCCGUAUGAUAUGCAGCUUCUUCUAGUUCAGUCCGAAGUAAUGAGUUCACUCCUGCCAAACCAUGGAUUUCGGUUCACUGGGAUAGGUUCUUCUAUGACGGAAGGACACGAUGGCACCUAUGGCGGAUUGAUUUACGGUAGAAAGGCUAAUACAGUAUCUUUCUGGAAACCUAAAAUGAUUCACCAAGAAUUCAAAGAUGCUAUCUGCAUUCGUGAACCAUGGUCCACGCCGUCAACAAAGCAAUGUCAGUUUGGCGGUCUUACGAUAACGUUCACCAUAUAUCGUCUAUUUACAAUAGAUGACGUUACAUGCGACAUUGACGCAGACCUCCACGCAUUUUUAAAUCUCACACGAUCAAAACUACAGACUUCACUACCUUUUGGAUAUUCGUCAGAAUUCAAUGAUACGCUGGAACUCGCCUGUCAGUCAGGACUUGUACACACUUCUGGAGACAAUUUCAUGUACUGUUCAAGAGAAGGGGUAUUCGUGAGUGACACCCCAAUCGUAUGCGGCGUUCCGAGAUGUCACAAUCCAGAUCCGAUACAAAACGCACAUAGUCCUUCUUUCGUCAAUACCACUCUUGGAGACAACGUUACUUACGAAUGCUUGCCAGGCUACAACAUGGAUGAUCCUACGACAGCAACACGCACCUGCCUGAAGAAUUCCUCAUGGAGUGGCAUGCUGCCCGUUUGUAGUCCUGUUGUGUGCCAGCCCAGCGGUCCAGUUAUGUUCGCCACCCACACCUCCACGGGAAAUCAAUUCAUGGACAACGUGACGUAUUCGUGUGAUGUAGGAUUCCCACACCAGACAGGAAACCUAUUCCGGACAUGUAUGGCGGACGGGGCAUGGAGUGGCGUGGAACCAGUUUGCGAGUACUGUGAUUGCCCUUGUAACGGCACCAAUGCUACAAUUAAACAAUUAAACAUGACCCUAGCGGAACUCUUGGCCGCUCUAACUGCGGAGCUGAAAGUUGACAAGAAAAAGACGUCCAUAGCCGUGAGGAAGAAGAUCAGCGUGUACGAAGACAGGCCGGUGGCGAAAGGACUCGGCAGUAUCGGUGUAGCCAUGUUGGUGUUUGUGUUUGCCUUCGUUAUAAUUCCAGAUAUCCCCAGGCUACUCAACGACAUCCGGUUCGGAUUCCAAAAUCUGCUCUCAUGCUGUGGGAAGGAAGGGCCUAAGAACAAGUGAUCGUGGUCUGAACUGAUCUGUGGUUGGUUUUUUCAGCUUUCGAAAGAAAGUUUUAGUGAUGAAUGUGUCGUUGGUUUUCAGCUUUCGACAGUGUUGACUUUCAGUGAUGUAGAUUUACAGAGCCCUGUGUCUGUUGUUUAGCAGUAUUAUAUAAUCACACACUAAAAGGACACAAGAUGACUGGCUUUUGUUUUCCAAGACAGCCAGCAUACUCGACGCACCCAAAAAACAAACAUUAUGUGUCGGAAAGGUCAUUUGGAAACGUUCUUUAUAGUUGCUUUAGUGACAUCGCCAUUUUGCGACCAAUGUUAAGACAGUUGUAAACCUCGCAGUAGUGGUUCAUUUUUCAUGUUUGUUUGUUUGUGUUUGUUUUUUGUUUACAUGUUGUUAACAUAUAAUGUUAUUUUGACACGUAUUUAUGAUUAUGACGAGCACAACGAAAAUAUUUCCGAAAACGUCAUAGGAAAACUGUACUAUUCAUAGUGUCACAAUCAAACACCUUGAUAACAUCAAAGGCUUCAUGUGACAGCAAAUCUGUUGUUCCGCCUUUAAUGAUGGACUCAAUCUUUAUUUUGUCAUACCUAGAUACCAUUGUAACCGUGUUGUUUAUAAAGUGAUGUUAGGACAAUUAGAUUGGAGUUCAUCUCUCAAAGACAUGAGCUCCAGCCUGUGCUAUGCCAUUCGUAUUCCCUCAGCCCUGCGGUACCUUUAAUCUACCUGGUCUCAUAUUCAUGAACUAAUUUUCACAUUUAAAUUAGAUAUCUGUGAUCAAAUCAACUUUCUGUAAACCCUCUUAAACAAUGAAAUACCGGUUUAACAGAAAAGAAAAUCAUUGAAAUUCUUUUCUUAUAGGAAGCCUUUCCUAAAUGCCUUCAAAUCGUUGAAAAAUAUUAAUUCAGAUUUAUCAUCAAAAGUUUUUGAGUCUGAACACAAAUUGUGUAUUUAAGCAUGAUAACGGUUUCAUGAAUACGGGCACUCAUGUUCGGCAGAUGAAGCUGAGGGAUUUCCGCACUAUGAUUUUACAGGCGACAUCCUCAAAAGCGAAAUAAGUGACAAAUUCGCAUGGAAAUGAAUUCCUGCUGUAGGUAACAGUAGUUCUGAUACCCAUGAUCAAAAGACUUUGAAUAAAAACAAAUAUUGACGAAUAUAAUGUAUUAACUUUGUUAAGAAUCGGUGUUCAUAACGAGUUCAUAGUUUGUAACAAAAUCGCGUUCCAGACGACAUUGGUGUAUAAUACAGAAAUGUGGAUAGCAUUUAGCAUUAAGGUAAAAAUAUAAGCUCUGGUUACCAGUUAUUUUCAUAAUGGGCAGAUAACUCAUCCUCAUCCUUUAAUUUAGCUUUGACUUAAUUAAUGCCACAUAGAAAGGAGGUGUUGAAAAUGAUGUAAGAGUAUACCUGAACAGGUAAAGCUAGUAUUGAAGCCUUUGUAUUGUUCUACACUGUCUACUUUCUUACAUACAAUAGAAUACAACUAUUGAAUGGGUCUGAGGGCAACAGCGAUUUUGUUAGCACCCAAGGUCCUGACUAUUGCCCGACGCGAAAACGAAAAAUUAACACCGUAAGAAGCAAAUCGGGUUGAUCCUUUCAUGUACGUUUACACCGGUACUGGACUCUGAAACCAUACAUAAAUACUAAUUUAUUUUGUCGAAAAUUCUUCAAAACAAGCUUGAAAGAAAACACGGAAUGCUUACCAAAUCCAUAGAAUGCUUAGGAAGCGUUGAGCUGUAUUUUUAGAGGGGUAUGAUAUAUUUGUAAUGAGGUAUGAUGGUUGUGGUAUUUCGGUAAGGUUAUGAUAUGGAAAAUGAUAUAAUAUAGAUACUAAGCAAGUGAUCAAUGUCGAUAGUAUUGUAAUAUAUUUUAAACACCUUUGUUUGCAUGUUUAUGACAUCUUUUUUAUUAAUAGAUUUGAAAUAAAAAGAAUUUUUUUA